UAUCCCUCUCUCGCUCCCCAACCCGUGCGGCACGGCCAUGGGCGCCGUGACAGGGAAGACUAGGGUGCAUGGGGCUGCUCGGCGCUGCUGCCCGGGAGGUGCCGGGCGCUGGUGUAGAGUAGACGAAGGAAGGGGAAGAGGUGAAUCGGGGAAGGUACAACCAUGGCGGCAGGGGGAACUGCGGACGGCGGGGCCCGGUGCUACAGCCACAACGACAGAAGCUACAUCCGGUGGCGCGUGGAGCUGCAACCGCAGCGACAUGGAGCUGCAACCAUGGCGGCGACCAGGAGCUACGACGCCGACGAUGCUGGAGCCGGCCAGUUUUUUUGCUGGAACGGGCGACAGGAGGUGCUACAACCGUGGCAGCAAAAUGUUGGAACCAACAGCCAUGACCUCCAGCAGAUGAGGAACCGGCUAUUUAAAAAGCUUCAACCAUGUACUGGGAAGCUGCAACCGCAUGCACGAGAGCUGCAAGCCGUCUACACCGGAGCUACAACCGGAGGCGCCAGACGCCGGUGAGGCUGCAAGCACGAAGCACUCGGAGUUGUAGCCGACGGCGAUGUAUGCUGGACUGGAGAUGAUGUGUGCUUCAAUGACGGGAGAUUGAAACCUGCUGCUAGGUCUGGCGAGCGGCAUCAAUGGAGGGGGCGUUGCUGGCCGUGAAGCAUGGCGGCAGUGAUUUUGUUUUUUGCAACCUGCGCGACAAGGUGAUGCGAACCUGGGAUGCCGAAGGUCUGCGGCGGCGAUGAUGGUGACUAGCGGUGCUGGAGCCGCAGACGCAUGCCCGGUGGCACAACGGUUGGAGCGCGCGGGCUGCACUUUGUUCACGAUCCACUUUUUCCGGGUAGGAAGAAUCAGCGCGUGGAGACGUUUGACUUUGUGCCAUGAUUAUCUAACGGCCAUCAGCGCAUUAAUCUAAUGAUUUAAAAC